UUCUUCUCCUCUAUAAAACUCACUCACCCCGCCGGCGAGCUCAAGCUCAAGCUCAGCCUCAGCGAUCGACAAGUAAGUAGAUCCAAAUCCAUCCAUGGAAGCCACCGGCACACGGCUGACGCGCUCCGCCUCCCUCUCCCCACGCCUCCGCCGCUCCCCCACAGCCUUGUGCGUCUCCCCGCGCAGCAUGCAUCAUCAUCAUCAGCAGCAGCAGCAGAGCCUCCGCCGCGCCACCUCCGACGCCGACAUCGCCAGAUCCGCGCCCGCGACGGCAUCAUCGCCGCUGCCCCUCCUCCUCCGCGACAUCCUGGAGGAGGACGUGGUCGUGGUGGUGGACGGCGCCGGGCGCGGCAAGGGCAACGACGACGACGACAAGACGUCCGGGCGCGGCGGAGGCGGCGGCGGGCACAUGGACAUGGGGGAGUACUACCGGCGGGUUCUGAGGGUGGAGCCGGAGAACCCGCUGGUGCUGCGCAACUACGGGAGGUACCUGCAGGAGGUGGAGGGCGACCUGGGCGGCGCGGAGGAGUGCUACGCCAGGGCGCUGCUGGCCUCCCCCGACGACGGCGACCUGCUCAGCCUCUACGGCCAGCUGCUGUGGGAGACGAGUCAGGACAAGGACCGCGCCGCCGCCUACCUGGAGCGCGCCGUCCAGGCCGCGCCCGAUGACUGCUACGUGCUUGGAUCGUACGCGAGUUUCCUGUGGGACGCGGAAGAGGAUGAAGACGACGAAGCAGAGGAUGAGAUGAAACCGCCGCUGGUGCCGGCGUCCUGCUAACCCAACCCGGCGUUUGCCUUUGCUUGUGUACAUAUGAGAGCUUGCUUUUGUCAAAGGCAGAUCGAGACACGAUCCAUCCUGGUGUGCCUGCCUGCCUGCCUGCGCUUGUACAAAUUAAUUACUAGCACAUCGAUCCUUGCUCCAUCAGUUUGCUUCUUCUGUACAUACUCCAGUAGCUAGCGCCUUCUUGAUGAUGGAUCGUUGGCUACAUCCAUCGUCAAUACACACACUGAUGAACACCAGAGAUCAAUUCAACUGCAGUGCAAGCCAGGGCGCGCGGCGGCGAGCAGAUCGAGCAAUUUGGAAGAUGCAAAUCAGGCCGCCGAGCAGAGCAGAGCAGCUCAGUUCAAGUGCGGACGGACGGCUGGAUGAUUCAUCCACACCGUACCACACUUUGCACAUGGAUAACCAGACUUGUUGCUUCUUUAUGUAACACCUCAUAAUAAAUUCACUCUGCUAAUUAAUUAUACUCGAGUCAAAUGCUAGCUACUACUACCUCUUUCAAGCUAGUUUCAUUUCAUCUCCCUCCUCACUGCCAGGAUGUAUUCCUUCCUAAUUGUAUUGUAUUGUAUACUCCUACAAUACAACUUUUGUUUUCUAUUUCCAUGUCCAUCCAUUAAUACAUCCAUCCGUUGGGA